AUGGAGGAGUGGGGAAUGAUCAGGCAGCCUCCUACAGAUCCCAUAGACGCUGAGAAGGUCCAGUCUGAACAUCAUGGGAGCAGACAGGAGUUACAGGAUAGUUCCAUCAUUUCUAUACCACAGAUCCUCCUGAGAGGUAACAGUCCGGGCAUGAACCAAACCACAGUGUCCACAUCAGAGUUUGUCCUGUUAUGUAGAAUCGACUCCCAGAAGAAGAGCUACACAAUUGCCAUCCUCACUAUGAUCUACCUGAUGACGUUGAUUGGGAACUUCCUGGUAAUUCUGGCCAUUGUAAUGAAUCCUCAGUUGCAAAAGCCCAUGUACAUCGGCAUUGCAACUUUAGCAGCAAUUGAUUUGGUUGGGGGAGCAGAGUCUUUUCUUUUGGGUUUCAUGGCAUGUGACCGCUAUGUAGCAGUUGUGUAUCCACUGCGAUAUUCUGCAAUUCUGACAAAAAGAACCAUCUGGGCUGCUGGUCCGGGCAUGAACCAAACCUUGCUGUCCGUGUCAGAGUUUGUCCUACUUUGUACAGUCGACUCCCAGAAGAAAAGCUACACCAUUGCUAUCCUUAUUAUGGUCUACCUUUUGACGCUGUUUGGGAACGUCCUGGUAGUUUUGGUCAUAGCAAUUAAUCCUCAGCUGCAAAAGCCCAUGUAUGUUGGCAUUGCAACGUUAGCGGUAAUCGACUUGGUUGGCAGCACAAAUAUUACUCCCAAACUAAUUGCUGUCCUUUCAGACUGGACAGCCAUUCCCUAUGGACCUUGUUUGCUUCAGAUGCUCGUAGUGUUAUAUUUAGAGGCAACAGAGUCCUAUCUCUUGGUUUUUAUGGCGUGUGACCGCUAUGUGGCAGUUGUCUAUCCACUUCAAUAUUCUGCACUUAUUACCAAAAGAACUGUCUGGGUUGCAGUCAUUUUACUUUCUUAUACCAGGAUUGCUUAUGCUGCUCUGAAAAUUCCAUCUAUAGAUGGCAAAAGGAAGACAUUUAAUACUUUAAUCACCCAUCUGCUGGUGGUGGGUCUGUCCAAUAUCCCACUUUUCAUCUCCUAUACGUUAACUGGAGUAGGAGUGAAGCUGUCCACUGAAUCGAACAACGCCAUGAUAAUUGUAGCAAAUAUUGUACCGCCGAUGUUCAACCCCAUGAUAUACAGCUUCAGAAACAAGGAGAUACGGGGCAGCAUCCUGAAACUUUUUAAAAGUGCAAAAUGUGAAAAAAAAUGUUUCAAAUUCUAA